GAACAGGCGGGUGCGGUGGAAUCGGCGCCUGGAUCGGAGGAACCGGGGUCCCGGAGGAGGAAUCGCGAGGAACUAAAUCAUGGCUUUUCGGAAGGCAGUGAAAGGAACUAUCCUCAUAGGAGGAGGAGCUAUUGCAACUGUCUUUGCCCUCUCACAAGUUUCUCAAUAUAGAAAAAAGGGUCAUCUUGCAUCUGUGGAAGCUUCAGAAUGUAAACUUGAACCAAUGCUAAGCUCCCUUCCAACUAGGGAGAAUCACUUCCAGGCUUUGAGAGAAACCGCAGAAUUUGAUGUUCUUAUCAUAGGUGGAGGUGCCACAGGAAGUGGUUGUGCCUUAGACGCUGUUACAAGAGGCCUCAGCACAGCUCUUGUAGAAAAGGAUGAUUUUGCAUCAGGGACUAGCAGCAGAAGUACUAAAUUGAUCCACGGCGGAGUGAGAUAUCUACAGAAGGCCAUCAUGAAAUUGGAUUUUGAUCAGUAUAGAAUGGUGAAAGAAGCCCUCCACGAACGUGCCAACUUGCUUGAAAUUGCUCCUCAUUUAUCUGCUCCUCUGCCUAUAAUGCUUCCAGUUUACAAGUGGUGGCAACUGCCUUAUUACUGGGUGGGAAUUAAGAUGUAUGACCUUGUAGCAGGAAGCCAAUGUCUGAAAAGCAGCUAUGUGCUUAGCAAAUCCAGAGCUUUGGAACUCUUUCCUAUGUUACAGAAGGACAGACUCGUGGGUGCCAUAGUCUACUAUGAUGGUAUGUCCUCCCCUUUCUUGCCAGUCUUAAAAGCAAAAGCUUUGAUCCUGGUUGUGAAUCUUGAGCCGAUUCUAUCACUAGCUAUAUUGCAGAGGUACUGACCAGCCCUUGAGUUCAUGCAUUUCUCCCUUUGCACCACCCUGCAAGAGUCUUUAAGUACCAACUGCUUUUUUCACCCGCUGCACUGUUUAGCU